GUUGUUGCAUGUUUUUCUCCUUUAACGUGACCAUGAGGACAACUGAGAAAGGUCUGUUUUGCCACCUCUACAUGUUACUGCUUUUUGUGUAAGUAUGGCUACAGGUAUUUAAAAUAAGUUCCCAUUAAUUCCAGAAUAUAUACUUUAGGGGUUUACAUUGUCCACUCUAAAUUGAACCUACCAUUUCUUCCUUUAGUUUUUAAAAAAGUUUAUGAAAAGUGAGCAAAAUGUUGUGAGUCAGUUCAUGUUUUUGUGGUAUACCAUACAUAUGGCUUUGGUGCAAUGACUUGUAAUUCACAGGGAUACAUAGAUAUUUAAGAAAAAGUAAGCAUAGUAUAUAUAUAUAUAUAUAUAUAUAUAUAUAUAUAUAUAUAUAUAUAUAUUAGUAUUUUAAAUCAAGGUUUCUUUAUUUGGCUUUUCAAUAUUUUACAGACGCUCAUGCCCCCCCCAAUCCCAUGCUCCAUUGACUGAUUAUUUUCUCCCAUCUGUGUAUGAUAUCUGUUGAAACAGCAUGGUACCUGAGUAAAGCCUCUCGUCAACAUUUCAGUCUCUAUUAUCUAGCUGAUGACCUUUGAUAAAUGGUACGACAUUAAUUGCAGAACAAGGUGACUUUGGUAAAGUGAAUACACUGCUUAGGGAAGUGCAAGGUGGCACCAAUAUCUUUUUUUACUGUGAGUUUAUACACCAUUCAUAACCCUCAAACACCAAUAUUUAGAUGACAAACAAAUGAUGAGUCAAUCCUUUGUUGUAUGAUUUACUUUUAGAGGUUUUUGCCAAGGAAAGGACCUCUUCUUCAAUGACUAUAAAGGACUCCUACUCCCAGAAUCCUACAAGAUUGGCUGGAUGGAGGACAUUGAUGACAACAAGUUAAUCUCUGACAUCACCAUCCCUGGUACCCAUGACACCAUGGCUCUCUAUGGAGGCCCAGCGGCAGAGUGUCAGGCCUGGGAUUUGGGGGAUCAGCUGAGGGCCGGCAUACGCUAUCUGGACCUCAGGAUAUUUGCCUUUGAAAACAAACUCUAUAUCAUGCACUGGGUUGUCUACCAACACACGUCGUUCAAUGAUGUCCUUGACACGAUCAGAGCAUUUCUGUCCGAAUUCAGAAGUGAGGCGGUUCUCAUUAGAGUAAAGCCUGAUUUGUUUGAUAAAGAGAAUGUUGAGGAGCUGGUUGGAAAAAUGAUUAGUGAUGAUAAAGAUGUAUGGGUGAAGUCUGACAUGCCAACUAUGGCUGAGGCAAGAGGAAAGGUGAUAUUUGUACAGAAAUCCAGCUUUAAGCUGGGCAUUCCUCUCUUGGAAACCGACAGCAAGGGUGACUAUGAAGUUACUCAUAUUGCAGACAAGGAGAACAAAAUUGUGAAACACUUGACACAAGCUUCAGGCGAUUGUGGUGGUGAUUAUCUAGUUCUUAGCUACUCCAGUGGCACUGGCAUUGGCACACUGUUGGGCAUGUUUCUAACUCCCAAGAAGGUGGCUGAAAAGAUUAACCCCUGGCUCGAUCAGUAUCUGAGACAGUUCUCCAGUGACCACACCAGGGCAUGUUUCGGGGUGAUUGCCAUGGACUUUCCUGGUAUCGACCUCAUUCAAACAGUCAUUAAGCUCAAUGAUUGG